CUGGUGGGAGUGGCUUUGCGAGGCCCGGCGGAGCUUGGGCUGGGCCGCGGCCCUGGGUGGAGAAGGAAGCGAAGAGGGCCGGCGAUAUGGCUGAUAACUUGGAGGACAGUUACUAUCCCAGUACUAACUCAUUAUAUGAGCCAGUGAACAAGAGUGGCCCAGAAGAGACAGCACUGUUGGAAGAGCCACUUGGAGACCGAUAUGAUUUCUGCAAGCCUGACGAUCACUGGAAUAGCACCUAUAUUAUUUUCUUCCUUCUGGGGACCAGCUCUCUUUUGCCUUUAAACUUCAUAAUUACUGCAAAGCAUUACUGGAUAUACAAAUUUCAGAACUGCUCAGAACAAAUCUCUCCAGAGGAACAGGGGGCUUCAGAUGUUCGUGACUUCUUUGAAAGCUACAUUUCUGUGGCUUCUACUGUGCCUUCUGUGCUGUGCUUGAUUGGGAACUUCCUGCUAGUUAACAAGGUGUCUGUCAACGUGCGCAUUCUCUCCUCCUUGGCUAUCAUGUUGGCUGUCUUCCUGGUGAUCACAGUGCUGGUGAAAGUGGACACCUCUGCCUGGACGUCCUGGUUUUUCAUUAUCACGAUGGCUUGCGUGGUUGUCAUCAGCGGUGCUGCCACCAUCUUCAGCAGUAGUGCCUUUGGCCUGUCUGGAUGUUUUCCUCUGCGGAAUUCACAAGCAUUGAUUUCAGGACAGGCCAUGGGAGGAACAGUGAGUGCUGUGGCAUCAGUGGUGGAUCUGGCAGCAGCAUCUGAAGUUACAGACAGUGCUCUGGCCUACUUUCUGACCGUGGACAUCUUCAUUAUUCUGUGCAUUGGGAUGUACUUGAUCCUUCCCAAGCUGGAGUAUGCCAGGUAUUAUAUUAGAAGGCAAAAGUGCAGCACCUUGCCACCAUGUGCCUCUCCUAGUGAUUGCGCAGAGGAGGCGGAGUCAAAAACAGGCAAUGCCAGCCAAUUUCCACCAAACAGAAACCAAAUAGGCAGCAUCCCUCCCGUGUGGUCUAUCCUGAAGAAGACCGGAAUCAUGAAGUAUCAAUUGAACUCCAGGAACCUUUUUCUUGUUCUAUUGUUUUUGGAGUCAGUCUGUUUUGGUCUGAGCAAUCGAUUGCCGUACUUCAUAAAUUAUUUCUUUGACACGUAUCUGUUGAUCAACGAAGACACUCCAGUGGGUUCAUCGGUGACCCAGCUGCUUGCCCGUGACCUAGACAAUGACCAUCUUGUGUAUGGAGUCGUUGGGGAGGAAGCUAGCCGAUUCUUUGCAGUGGAAAGCAUGACUGGAGUGGUGUGGCUCAGGCAACCGCUGGACAGAGAGACCAAGUCAGAAUUCACAGUUGAAUUUUCUGUCAGCGACAGCCAAGGGGUGAUCAAAGGAUCAGUGAACAUCCAAGUGGGAGAUGUGAAUGACAAUGCGCCAAGGUUUCACAACCAGCCAUACAGUGUCCGUAUUCCUGAGAACACCCCGGUUGGAACUCCAAUUUUCAUAGUGAAUGCCACAGAUCCAGACCAAGGAGCAGGAGGAAGUGUGCUUUAUUCUUUCCAGCCUCCGUCCAACUUUUUUGCUAUUGAUAGUGGCCGUGGCAUCGUGUCAGUCAUCCGAGCACUGGAUUAUGAAGUCACUCAGGCAUACCAGCUUCAAGUCAACGCUACAGACCAGGAUAAAACCAAACCUCUCUCUACUCUGGCCAAUCUUGCGAUCACCAUCACAGAUGUACAAGAUAUGGAUCCAAUCUUUAUCAACCUGCCCUACAGUACAAACAUCUAUGAGAAUUCUCCUCCGGGUACAACUGUGCGCAUGAUAACCGCAAUUGACCAGGACAAAGGACGCCCCAGAGGUAUUGGAUACACAAUUGUGUCAGGCAAUACCAACAGUAUCUUUGCACUGGACUACAUCAGUGGUGCAUUAACUCUGAAUGGGCCAUUGGACCGAGAAAACCCUUUCUACAGUGCUGGAUUUAUACUCACAGUGAAGGGAACAGAACUGAAUGAUGACCGCACACCUUCCAAUGCAACAGUGAUGACUACUUUUAACAUCCUUGUCAUUGAUAUAAAUGACAAUGCCCCAGAAUUCAAUAGCUCAGAGUACAGUGUGGCUAUUCCUGAGCUGGCCCAGGUCGGCUUUGCUCUUCCUCUUUUCAUCCAAGUGCAAGAUAAAGAUGAGGGACUCAACAGUGUUUUUGAAAUUUACCUGGUGGGAAACAACUCCAACCACUUUAUCAUCUCCCCAACAUCAAUUCAAGGAAAGGCAGACAUCCGGAUUAGAGUCGCUGUGCCACUGGAUUUUGAGACAAUUCCUCGCUAUGAAUUUUCUCUGUUUGCAAAUGAGAGCAUGCCAGACCAUGUUGGCUUCGCUUGGGUAAAAAUUAACCUCAUUAAUGAGAAUGACAACCGCCCAGUUUUCAGCCAAGUCUUGUACAACAUCAGCCUCUUUGAGAAUGCCACCGUGGGAACUGCAGUUCUGAGAGUUCUGGCAACAGACAAUGAUGUAGGUUCUUAUGGAAAAGUCAGCUAUUAUUUCAGCGACGAUCCCGACAGAUUCUCACUGGACAAGGACACAGGCAGAAUCACCCUGAUUGCCCGGCUGGACUUUGAGACGACCCAACGCUAUACCUUGACCGUCAUAGCCAGAGAUGGGGGUGGAGAAGAGACAACAGGAAGAGUCCGUAUUAAUGUCCUGGAUGUUAAUGACAAUAUCCCCACCUUCCAGAAGGAUUCGUAUUUGGGGGCUCUACGGGAAAAUGAACCUUCAGUCACUCAAGUUGUCCGUGUGAGGGCAUCUGAUGAAGAUUCUCCUCCAAACAACCAGAUCACUUACAGCAUUGUGGAUGCUUCUGCGUUCCGAAGUUACUUUGACAUUACUUUGUCUGAAGGUUAUGGAGUGAUCAGUGUUGUCCGCCCUUUGGAUUAUGAGCAAGUUCUCAAUGGAGUUCUUUACUUGACUGUCAUGGCUAAAGACGCAGGUUUCCCGGCGCUCAACAGCACUGUCCCCGUCACCAUUGAAGUGUUUGAUGAAAAUGACAACCCGCCCACAUUCAGCAAACCUUCCUAUGUCAUCACAAUCAUGGAGGACAUCAUGGCAGGAGCAACAGUGCUAUUUCUAAAUGCCACUGAUUUGGACCGGUCAAGAGAAUAUGGCCAGGAAUCUAUUAUCUACUCCUUGGAAGGGUCUUCACACUUCCGGAUUAAUGCUCGCUCAGGGGAAAUCACCACAACAUCUCUGCUGGACCGAGAAGCUAAAUCAGAAUAUAUACUCAUUGUGCGGGCAGUGGAUGGUGGUGUGGGUCACAACCAGAAAACCGGCAUUGCUACUGUAAACAUCACUUUGCUGGACAUUAAUGAUAAUUAUCCAGUAUGGAAGGAUGAACCAUACUUCAUUAACCUAGUGGAGAUGACCCCCCCAAACUCUGACGUCACAACGGUGGUCGCAUUUGACCCAGACCAAGCAGAAAAUGGUUCCCUCGUGUACAGCAUUAGACCACCAAAUAAAUUCUACAGUCUUAACAGCACCACGGGGAAGAUUCGCACAACAGGGGUUGUGUUGGACAGAGAGAACCCAAAUGCACAGGAAGCUGAACUCAUGAGGAAGAUUGUGGUCUCCGUCACUGACCGUGGGAGGCCACCAUUACGAGCCACCAGUAGUGCCACAGUGUUUGUAAACUUGUUGGAUCUUAAUGACAAUGACCCCACCUUCCAAAAUUUACCUUUUAUCACUGAGAUUCCCGAGGGUCUUCCAGCAGGCUCAUCCGUCUUCCAGGUGGUAGCCAUUGACCUCGAUGAAGGCUUGAAUGGUCAAGUGACCUACCGCAUGCAGGUCGGCAUGCCCAGGAUGGACUUCACCAUCGACAGCAGCAGUGGUCUGAUCAACUCCACAGCCGUGCUAGACAGGGAAAGGAUCGCUGAAUACUACCUGAGGGUAAUUGCAAGUGAUGCAGGAGUGCCGUCCAAGAGCUCCACCAGCACUCUCACUGUCAGAGUUUUAGAUGUGAACGAUGAGAAGCCCACCUUCUUCCCGGCGGUCUACAAUGUAUCACUUCCAGAAAACAUAGCUCGUGAUUUCAAGGUGGUUCGCCUGAACUGCACCGACGCAGAUGUGGGUCUCAACGCUGAGCUCAGCUAUUUCAUCACGGGUGGGAACCAAGAUGGAAAGUUCAGUGUUGGUUUUAGAGAUGGGGUAGUUAGAACAGUAGUCAAUCUGGACAGGGAAACCGUGCCUUCCUAUACACUCAUCUUAGAGGCCAUCGAUAAUGGCCCCACAGGGAAACGGAGGACCGGGACAGCCACUGUCCAUGUUACUGUGCUAGAUGUUAAUGACAAUCGACCGAUCUUCCUUCAGAGCAGCUAUGAAGCCACGGUUCCUGAAGAUAUCCCAGACUACAGCAGCAUAGUACAGGUCAAAGCAACAGAUGCAGAUGAAGGUGUAAAUGGCCGGGUGUGGUAUAGGAUUAUCAGAGGAAACAAUUUCAACAACUUCCGGAUCAACCCCAGCAGUGGACUGGUCAUGCGGGGCUUGCGACCCCUGGACAGAGAACGCAAUUCCUCUCACGUUCUUGAAGUGGAGGCCUACAACAGUGAACAAGGACCAAUGAGAAGCUCUGUGAGGGUCAUCGUCUAUGUGGAAGAUGUCAAUGAUGAAGUGCCAGUGUUUACCCAAAGGCAGUAUAAUCGGCUGGGUUUGCGAGAAACUGCUGGGAUCGGGACAUCUGUCGCAGUUGUCCGUGCAACAGAUCGAGACACAGGAAAUGGAGGUCUGGUGAAUUAUAAAAUCAUCUCAGGCUCCGAAGGGAAAUUUGAAAUUGAUGAGAGCACUGGCCUCAUUACCACAAUUGACUAUCUGGAUUAUGAGACAAAAACCAGCUACCUGAUGAAUGUCUCGGCCACAGAUCAAGCACCACCCCAAAAUCAAGGCUUCUGCAGUGUCUACGUCAGCCUCCUCAAUGAACUAGAUGAGGCCGUGCAGUUCUCAAACGUCACUUACGAAGCCAUCAUCACAGAGAACAUCGCACUGGGUUCUGAAGUGCUGCGGGUCCAGGCCCGCUCCAUUGACAACCUUAACCAAAUCACAUACAAGUUUGACCCCAAUACUAAUCCCCAAGCUCUGUCUUUGUUCAAAAUAAAUGGAAUCACUGGCAUAAUCACCGUCAAAGGACAAGUAGAUCGAGAGAAGGGAGAUUUCUACACCUUAACUGUUGUGGCAGAUGAUGGAGGCCCAAAGCUUGAUUCAACUGUGAAAGUUACAAUCACAGUAUUGGAUCAGAAUGACAACAGCCCACAAUUUGACAUUACUUCUGACUCAUUCGUGACUGUAGCAGAAGACAGUUCUGUUGGACGCCGGAUUGCUCUGGUUUUGGCCAGGGAUCCUGAUGCAGGAAGCAACGGGCAGGUUGUUUUUUCUCUAGUAUCAGGAAACCUAGGCAGAGCCUUUGAGAUCCGUACAACCAACAACACAUAUGGGGAAGUGUUUGUGGCCAGACCAUUGGACCGAGAACUGAUAGAGCACUACACCUUAAAGAUUCAAGCAGCUGACAGAGGUGUCCCACCUCGCAGGAAGGAGCACACUUUAAGAGUUAAUAUAUUGGAUGUUAAUGAUAACCCACCAGUGAUCACAAACCCAUAUGGCUACAACGUUAGCAUUAACGAGAAUGUCGGAGGAGGUACGGCAGUGGCUCAGGUUCGAGCAACUGACAGGGACAGUGGUCUCAACAGUGUCCUCUCCUAUUACAUCACGCAUGGGAAUGAAGAAUUGACCUUCCGGAUGGACAGAGUGACUGGAGAAAUCGCCACUCGCCCUUCCCCUCCUGACCGUGAGAGACAACAGUUCUACCAGUUGGUGGUCACAGUGGAGGAUGAAGGCAACCCAGCCCUCUCGGCCACUACUACGGUGUAUGUAACCAUCCUAGAUGAGAAUGACAAUGCCCCAGUAUUCCGGCAGCAGCUGUAUGAAGUCACCCUGGAUGAGGGCCCAGGCACACUCAACGCCAUCCUUAUCACCAUCAAUGCUGUGGACCUUGAUGAAGGUCCAAAUGGCACAGUUACAUAUGCCAUCAUCGAAGGAAACAUCAUGGGCACCUUUCACAUCAAUGGCACUACAGGACAGAUCCGCACAGUGAAGGAGCUGGACUAUGAAAUCAGCCAUGGCCGUUACACACUGAUCGUCAUUGCCACAGACCAGUGUCCAGUACCCUCCCGCCGUCUCACUUCUACCACAACGGUGUUAGUGAACUUGAAUGACAUCAAUGACAAUCAGCCAACAUUCCCACGUUCUUAUGAAGGGCCCUUUGACAUCACGGAGGGACAGCCAGGUCCAAGGGUGUGGACCUUCCUGGCCCAUGAUGGAGAUUCAGGACCCAGUGGACAAGUAGAGUACAGCAUCGUUGGAGGGGAUCCUCUUGGGGAAUUUGUGAUCUCACCUGUGGAAGGAGAACUGCGCGUGCGGAAGGAUGCUGAACUGGACCGAGAGAACAUUCCUUUCUAUAACCUCAGCAUUGCUGCCAGGGACAGAGGCGUGCCACCUCUCAGCUCCAGCGUCAUGGUCGGUGUGCGUGUUCUCGACAUUAACGAUAAUGACCCUGUUCUCUUGAACCUGCCGAUGAAUCUCACGCUCAGCGAGCAUGCCCCCGUCUCCAGCUUUGUCACUCGCAUCUUUGCCAGCGACGCAGACAGCGGCAGGAAUGCUCUCUUAACCUUUAGCAUCACAGCAGGAAACAUAGAAAAUGCUUUUUACAUCAACGGCACAACUGGCAUUGUGUACAUAAACCGCCCACUGGAUAGGGAGCGGGUGUCAGAAUACCGGCUGACAGUGACGGUGAAGGACAACCCAGAAAAUGCACGCAAUGCAAGACGGGAUUUCGACUUGCUGGUGAUUUCAGUAGUGGAUGAAAAUGAUAACCGCCCCCUCUUUACUCAGAGUUCCUACCAUGCUGAAGUGAUGGAGAACUCCCUGCCAGGAACUCACGUCACAGUCCUUAAUGGGCCAAUUCUAGCUUUGGACAAUGACCAGGGUAUCAAUGCAGUGGUGACAUACCAGCUCCUCGGGACAGCAACAGACCUCUUCAUCAUUGAUAACAGAACAGGUGACAUUCUGGUGAAGCCGGGGCAGGAGAUAGAUAGAGAAGCCUUCUUGAAUCCGGUCUUGGAGUUUCUGCUGGUUGCAAUCGAUGUUGGCAAGUUGAACAGCACUGCCAGCCUCACCGUGGCCAUUCUCGAUGACAAUGACAACAGACCAGUCUUUCACCCUGCAGUGCUGACUGAGCGACUGCUGGAAAACAGCUCUCCAGGUUUUUCUGUCCUUCAGGUGACGGCGACUGAUGCAGACAGUGGCCUCAACCAGCAGCUGAGCUAUCGUAUUGAAAGUGGAGCUCAAGAUAGGUUUUUGAUUAACGUUAAUACGGGGGUGAUCAGUGUGGCCAACAUCACCAUAGACCGAGAAGAAAAGGACAACUACCGGCUGAUCGUGGUUGCGGUAGACCGAGGCACACCGCCCCUCUCUGGCACAGCCACUGUGAGCAUCCUUGUAGAAGACAUCAAUGACUCUCAGCCAGAGUUUGUCAACCCAGUCCAGACAGUCAGCGUGCCAGAAUCAGCCAGCAUAGGCACAGUGGUCGCUGAGGUGACAGCUGUAGACAGAGACCUCAGUCCCCAGCUGGAGUACUACAUCAUUGAAAUCCUGGCCAAAGAUGACACAGACGCGCUUGUGCCAAACCAACAGGGAACUUUUGCAGUGGAUUUUAGAACAGGUGCUGUGAAAGUGAAGUCCACUCUAAACAGAGAAAUGGUGGCCACCUAUGAAGUCACAAUCUCUGUCUAUGAUAAUGCCAGUGAUGUGGUGGACCGCUCAGUCAGUGUGCCAAAUGCAAAGCUGACCGUAAAUGUGUUGGAUGUCAAUGAUAAUACGCCUCGGUUCCGUCCCUUCGGGGCCACAUUUGUCACAGAGAGGAUCCUAGAAGGCGCCACUCCAGGGACCACCUUGAUAUCCAUGUCAGCGGUAGAUCCAGACAAAGGAGCAAACGGGCAGAUCACUUAUGAGCUACUCAACCUCUCACCUGAGGGAUAUGUCCAGCUUGAAGACAUUUCAGCAGGAAAGGUCAUUUCCAACAGGACAGUGGACUAUGAAGAGGUGCAGUGGCUGAAUUUUACUCUCCGGGCAUCAGACAAUGGGGCUCCCCGGAGAUCAGCUGAGAUUCCAGUGUACCUAGAAAUUGUGGAUAUCAAUGACAACAACCCAAUUUUCAGCCAGCCGUCCUACCAGAAACCUGUCUUUGAGGAUGUCCCAUUAGGCACAGUCAUCCUGAGGGUCCGAGCCACAGAUGCUGAUUCUGGACGCUUUGCUCAAAUCCGUUACAGCUUGGGAGAUGGAGAGGGCAAGUUUGGGAUCAACCCCAACACGGGAGAUAUCUACAUUCUAUCAACCCUGGACCGGGAAAAGAAAGAUCAUUAUACACUGACAGCUGUAGCCAGGGACAAUCCAGAGGACAUUUCUAGUAACCGCCGAGAGAAUUCUGUGCAGGUGUUGAUCACAGUCUUGGAUAUCAAUGACUGCCGGCCCCAGUUUGCCAAAAAACUGUACAGCACCAGCGUCUACGAAAAUGAGCCCGCAGGGACUUCCGUGAUCACAGUGACUGCGACGGACCUUGAUGAGGGAGACAACGGAGUGGUGACAUACAGCAUUGAAGGGCCUGGAGUAGAGGCCUUCAAAAUCCAUAAAGACUCGGGGCUCAUGACAACUCGCCGACGACUGCAGUCUUACGAGAGGUUCAACCUGACCGUGGUGGCCACUGACAAAGGGAGGCCACCACUCUGGAGAACUGCAAUGCUUCACGUGGACGUUAUUGACAUCAAUGACAACCGACCGCUAUUUGUCCGCCCUCCCAAUGGCACCAUCUUGCACAUUAAAGAGGAAAUCCCUCUACGAUCCAAUGUGUAUGAAGUCUAUGCAACAGACAAGGACGAAGGCCUCAAUGGAGCUGUGCAGUACACCUUACUCAAAACUGGUGCAGGAAACAAAGACUGGGAAUAUUUCACCAUUGCCCCCACCAGCGGCCUCAUUCAGACAGCAAUGAGGCUGGACCGAGAGAAGCAAGCUGUGUACAAUCUGAUCAUUGUGGCGUGCGAUCAAGGCCAGCCGCCCUAUGAGACCAUGCAGUCCCUCCAGGUGGCUCUGGACGAUAUCGAUGACAACGAACCUUCCUUCCUGAGGCCGCCUAGAGGGGGCCUGCCUUACCAGGUGCUUUCCGUGGCUGAGCACUCGCGCCCUGGGACCGUCGUGGGGAACAUCACCGGGGCAGUGGAUGCCGAUGAGGGCGCCAAUGCCAUCGUCUACUACUUCAUUGCAGCGGGUAACAAAGAGAACAACUUCCAGCUGAGUCGGGAAGGGAUGUUGCAGGUGCUGCAGGACUUGGACCGAGAGAAAGAGGCUUUCUACUCUCUUAUCAUCAAAGCCUCUAGCAAUAGGAACUGGACACCGCCCCAGGGUCGCCGGGCAGCCAGGAUGCAGGCCAUGGACCUCAGCACUGACACGACCCUGCAGGAUGUACGGAUCUUUCUGGAGGAUAUCAAUGACCAGCCUCCCAGGUUCACCAAGUCAGAAUACACGGCAGGGGUUGCAACAGAUGCGAAGGUGGGUUCUGAGCUGAUCAAACUUGUUGCACUGGAUGCUGACGUGGGAAACAACAGCCUGGUCCUGUACAGCAUUCUGGGGAUACGCUACAUCAAGCAGCAUUCGAAUGAUUCUGAAGAGGUGGCCAACAUUUUCAGCAUUGGCAAUCUAGAUGGGAUUCUUCGGACCUUUGACCUCUUCACUGCCUACAACCCUGGCUACUUCGUGGUGGAUGUCAUGGCUUCAGAUCUGGCUGGCCAUAAUGACACUGCAGUUGUGGGAAUCUACAUCCUGCGGGAUGAUCAACGGGUAAAGAUCAUAAUUAAUGAGAUCCCAGAUAGAGUCCGACAGUUUGAGGAGGAGUUCAUCAGCCUGCUGUCCAACAUCACAGGGGCCAUCGUCAACACGGAUGAUGUGCAGUUUCACGUUGACAAAAAGGGCCGUGUAAAUUUUGCCCAAACAGAAUUGCUGAUCCAUGUGGUAAAUCGGGAAACCAAUCGGAUUCUGGAUGUAGAACGCGUUAUACAGAUGAUUGAUGAGAAUAAGGAGCAGCUGAGGAAUCUCUUCCGGAAUUACAAUGUCUUGGAUGUGCAACCUGCUAUCACAGCCCGGGCUCCAGAUGAUCUGUCAGCUCUGCAGAUGGCAAUAAUCAUUCUGGCUAUUCUCCUCUUCCUGGCAGCCAUGUUGUUUAUCCUCAUGAACUGGUAUUACCGAACAGCACAUAAAAGAAAAUUGAAAGCGAUUGUAGCUGGUUCCACAGGUCUGAAAAAAGAUGGGUGGACAACACAGAAAACACUGGAAAGCAACAGGUUGGCAACAACACCAUCUGGAUUCUCCAUAAAAAGUAACCGAGGUUUCAUGGACAUCAUGGAUAUGCCAAACACGAACAAAUAUUCGUUUGAUGGAGCAAAUCCUGUGUGGCUGGACCCUUUCUGUCGAAAUCUGGAGCUGGCAGCUCAAGCGGAGCAUGAAGACGACCUACCAGAGAACCUAAGUGAGAUAACAGAUCUAUGGAAUAGCCCAGCCAGGACUCACGGAACAUUUGGAAGAGAGCCUUCAGCUGCCAAACCUGAAGACGAUCGCUAUUUGAGAGCCGCCAUCCAGGAAUAUGACAAUAUUGCCAAGCUGGGCCAAAUCAUGCGAGAAGGGCCCAUCAAGGGCUCUCUCUUAAAGGUAGUCUUGGAUGAUUACAUGCGAUUGAAAAGACUGCUUGCUGAGCGGAUGGUGCAUAAAGCCACCACCAGCCAUGGGGACCAGUCCUCAGUCUCUGAGCUGAUCCAGAAUGAUUUGGAUGAAGAGGAGGAGCAGCGGAGCCCAAGCCAAGGGAGCCUUCGCUUCCGGCACAAGCAGCCCAUUGAGCUCAAGGGCCCAGACGGGAUCCACGUGGUCCACGGCAGCACAGGUACUCUCCUCACGUCCGACCUCAACAGCCUUCCUGAAGAUGAUCAGAAAGUGCUGGGCCGCUCCUUGGAGACACUGACUGCCGACGGUGGGGCGUACUGUGACCGGAACGCCCGCACCGAGUCCGCCAAAUCCACCCCUAUGCACAAGAUGAGGGAAGUGAUCAUGGAGAGCCCACUGGAAAUCACAGAGUUAUGACUAGAAGUGGCAUCACUGGUGUAGCACUCCAAGGAGGCCUGGGCCCACACGGACUGGCGCUGCAAGGAGUGUCCUGACCCAGGGACAAAUGUGGCAGAAGAAAAUCUAGAGGCCAAGGUCACCUGGGCCUGGCCACCACGUGUUCCAGAACAAAUAUGACCAAGAAAGCCAACUGUUUUUUUAUGGCAGCCUUGGGGAGCCGAACCCCAGGGGUGAAAGCUCUCAGGACUGUUUUGCUUUUACCAGGCACCCGCACCAUUAAACUCAUAACAUUUUUAUUUUUUAAAUCUAAAGUGUUUUUUAAAGCAGUGGGCGGCCUUGAGGCAUACACAUAACUCUAGAAUUGCAAUAAUCACGGUGCCAUGUCCCAUUAAUGGAACUGACUGUGCUCUCCAGCUCCCUGGGCUGCAUUAACAUGUUUCUCUCCCCACAAUGGCAUGGUGGGGGUUGGAAAAGAUGGCUGCCAACAGAAUGCAGCUAAAAUGAUUUUGGGACUAUGAACUUACACACAGGGAUCAUAUGUUAAACAUCAAGAAGCUCCACAAAUUUGGCAUUAAUCUGUAUUGUCCCAUUUCUAGAAGGGAAAAACCUGAAGCCAUUUCUUCAUUUUGCUGGCUUACCAAAACACUGCAGCAUCAAAAGAAACAAAGUGACAUUAAUUCAGGUUCUGAACGUAGUGUGUUGGUGUGUGUUUUUUUUUCCUCUACCUUUUGUUUUCAAACAGUAAAGUGUUGAGAGUUUUUGGAAUGGUCUGUCAAAGGAACCAGAAAUACAUUAUACAUGAAUUUGGUUAAUCUGUCUUUUAUCUUUCCCGCUCCAACUGUCAUGGACAGUUUUCCGACUUUGAGUUCAGUGCACCAUAUUAUACAAGCUGAGGAAUUUGAGCAAUAAUUGUGCUUCUCAACAUACCAGCCUGUACCUCCUCUCUCCAUAAAACUAUCAAGGAAGAUGAUUCUGAGUGUGCAUUAUUUAGGAGGUUUUUCUAUAACAUGCACACAAUUCUGGCAUUUGUCGAAAUUAUGCAAGUUAAGCAAAUCUAUUUACAUCAGUCUGCUUUCAUAGUUCAGAUUUUCAGAGGUUCUGAUAUAGCUGGGAGGGCGAAAGCAUUUGGGGAGGAAAAAAGCAAGACCUGAAGAGCUACUUGGCUAAGAGUACCAACUGCGGCAUGAAGAAGUUAGAAAUGCAGGACACCUUCAAUGCCCGCUACAAGAUUUCAGGUAGCAUAACAUAAAAUAUUAAGUUUGGUUAAAAUGAAUUAGAUCUCACAGGACUGAGACAUACUCCUUGACUGCUAGGAACUAAUCCUCCCUCUUUCGUAUGUUCAUUAGAUACUGCCUAUUUUCCUCCAAAUUUUCCUAGGCCUAGAAGACAGCUUUCAAAAAUGAGAAGGCAAUAUUCUCAAGACACCAAAUUCCAUGCUGGAUAUCAUAUGCAUAGGCCAUAAUCCAGAAACCUUAAAUCUUACAUACACCGAAUACAACUUUUGUCUCAUUUCUUGAACUCCGGAUCUCACCUCUUUAUUCUCCAAAUGUCUUUAUUCUUUGUCCUAAAAUCAAAUGUUUUGCUGGAAAUGCAUUACACAGUUCUCAUGACUAUGAUUUUAAACCACAGACAUAGGAAAUACACA